AAUCCAGGAAGUGGGUCGCUCGCUGUUGUUUGUGUUCGUUGGUCGCUCUUCGUGUCUGUUUUUCUGAUUCAAUUCAGCGCUUUUUGCGGGACGAAAUGGCGACGUUUAUUUCAGUCCCGUUAAAAAAAUCCUCUGAGGUGGAUCUGGUGAAACCGCUGGCGAAAUUUGUCAUAGCUUCAUACCCAGCGGCCGAGGAGCAGGGAGAGUAUGUCCGCGCCGUGGAGGAGCUCAACAAGCUCCGCAAGAACGCGCUGGGAAGGCCGCUGGACAAACACGAGAGCUCCCUGGAGAUUAUUCUCAGAUACUAUGACCAACUGUGUGCUGUCGAACCCAAGUUUCCCUUCUCUGAAAACCAGCUCUGCUUAACCUUCACAUGGAAGGAUGCCUUUGAUAAAGGAUCGCUGUUUGGCGGCUCAGUCAAGCUCGCUUUGGCCAGUUUGGGCUACGAGAAGACGUGCGUGCUGUUCAAUGUCGCAGCUCUGGCCAGUCAGAUCGCUGCAGAGCAGAAUCUGGACAACGACGAGGGACUGAAGGCUGCUGCCAAAUACUAUCAGCUGGCCAGUGGAGCGUUCGGUCACAUCAAGGACACGGUGCUCUCUGCUCUGAACAGGGAGCCCACCAUGGACAUCUCCCCCGAGACUGUAGGCACUCUGAGCCUCAUCAUGCUGGCCCAGGCCCAGGAGGUCUUCUUCCUCAAAGCCACGUCAGAUAAGAUGAAGGAUGCUGUCAUUGCAAAGCUGGCCAAUCAAGCGGCAGAUUUCUACGGCGACGCCUUCAAGCAGUGCCAGUACAAAGACAACCUCCCCAAGUAUUUUUAUUUUCAGGAAGUGCUGCCGGUGCUGGCGGCCAAGCACUGCAUCAUGCAGGCCAACGCCGAGCUGCACCAGAGCGUCCUGGCCAAGCAGAAGAAGCGCUUUGGAGAGGAGAUCGCUCGUCUGCAGCACGCAGCAGAGCUGGUGAAGACGGUGGCGUCUCGCUACGACGAGUAUGUGAGCGUCAAGGACCUGAGUGACAAGAUUAACCGAGCUCUCGCCGCAGCCAAAAAAGACAAUGACUUUAUCUACCAUGACCGUGUGCCUGAAGUCAAGGACCUGGAGCAUAUCGGCAAGGCAGCGCUGGUCAAAGCUACCGCCAUCACACCUCCAAUCAGCCAGAAAUUCACAGACUUGUUUGAGAAGAUGGUUCCCAUGGCGGUGCAGCAGUCCAUGAGCAUUUACAACCAGAGAAAGGGGGAGACUGUGAACAGACUGGUGGGAACGAUGAGGGAGGCUACCAAUCUCUGCAACGGGGUGUUGGCAUCCCUAAACCUGCCAGCUGCUCUGGAGGACCUGUCCGGAGACUCUAUCCCACAAUCCAUUGCUGAGAAGGCCAGAUCCAUUGUGCAACAGGGAGGACUGCAGAGCAUCGAGCAGCUAAUCAGAGACCUGCCUGAACUGUUGACUCGCAACAGGGAGAUCCUGGACGAGUCUCUGAAGAUGCUGGACGAUGAAGAGACGACAGACAAUGAGCUGAGAACCAAGUUCAACCAGCGCUGGAACAGAACCCCCUCUGGAGACCUGUACAAGCCCCUUCGUGCAGAGGGUGCUAACUUCCGCAACAUCUUGGACAAGGCGGUGCAGGCCGACCAGGUGGUGAGAGACCGCUACAAUGCCCACUGUGACAUGAUCACCCUGCUGUGUAAACCCGAGAACGAGCUCAACGCUGCCAUCCCCUCCGCCAACCCGACCAAGACACUGCAGGGCAGCGAGGUAGUGAACGUGCUGCGCUCCCAGCUGGCCCAGCUGGACGAGAUAAAGAAGGAGAGGGAGACCCUGGAGGGGGAAAUCAAGGCCGUGACCUUUGACAUGUCCACCACCUUCCUGACGGCGCUCGCCCAGGACGGAGCCAUCAACGAGGAGCAGCUGUCCCUCUCUCAGCUCGACCAGUUGUACAGCGCCUACAACCAGAGGGUGCAGGCCAGCCUCCGCUCACAGGAAGAGCUGCUGGGACAAGUUCAGACGUCCCACCAGGAGUUCAGCAGUCUGAAGCAGUCCAACACGGAGGCCAACCAGAGGGAGGAGGUCCUGAAGAAGCUGGCUUCAGCCCACGACAGCUACGUUGAGAUCAGCAGCAACCUGCGCGAAGGCACCAAGUUCUACAACGACUUGACAGAAAUCCUGCUUAAGUUCCAGAACAAAUGCAGCGACAUCGUUUUCGCUCGUAAGACAGAGCGGGAUGAACUCCUCAAGGAGCUGCAGCAGAGCAUCGCUCGAGAGCCCAGCGCUCCAUCCUUCAACGUUCCUGCCUAUCAGAGCACCCCUGCUACCCCCGGUACCCCCGCUGCCCCUGCUGCCGGCCCAACCCCCGCACCCAGAACCGUCUUUGCCGGGCAGCCUCAACAACCCCAGCCGCCUAAGUCCCAGCCCCCAGCCAGACCACCUCCACCGAACUUCACCCCUCAGGCUGUCGCCACCAAUCCCACCAACACACCGCCCACUGGCGCCCCCAGCAACAACCCACCACCUGUGGCCCCUCCCUCCCAGGCCCAGGGACCACCUUACCCCGCCUACCAAGGCUACCCACAGUACUUCCAGAUGCCCAUGGGCUACAACCCCUACCCUUACGGCCAGUACAACGUGCCCUACAUGCCCUACCAGGCGACCCCAGGACAGGGCGGAUACCCAGGAGCCCCUCCAGCAGGACAGCCCUACCCCGGCUACCCCCAGCAACCGCCCCAGCAACAGCCCUACUACCCUCAGCAAUAACUCUCCUCCUGGUCUCCUCAUUCCUCCUCUCACAUGUUAACACCAAAUAAAAAUAUGUCCCCAGCAAUAACACUUCAUCUCCGUCAGCCCUUCCCCCUCUGAUAUUUUUUCUCACUAACAGCAGCUGUUUGAAGGCGGACCUCAGAGCUGCUUUGCACUUCUCCCUGAAAACCUUCAAUACUUUUGCGUACUUUAUUCCAUACUACCCAAAAAAAAAAAAAAAAAAGGUUUCUUUUUCACGUCAUCUUCAUCUCAUUUUUUCUGGAUUCUGACAGCACUUUUCCUAAACUAUCUUUACCAGUGCACUAACCCCUCCCCUCCUUUUUCCUGUGAGGUUAUUUUUUAUGUACUCAUUUUCUAAUAGUUUUGAUGAUUUUGUUUAAUUUAAACCCUAACCCGUUCCCUCUGACAACUGACCGAGCUGGACUGCUGUACAACACUCACGGAGGCGAGCAGAGUCCCAGAAUGGCUCUUCGUUUCCUGGUUCUGGGAGUGUGUGUGUGUGUGUGUGUGUUGGGUGGGUGGACGGGUGGUCAUUACUGGUCACACCACUGAUGGGAGGGCACAGCCACAUCCUCACUCUCCCCCCCUUCACACCCACUCAAUCAACCCCCAGUGCUUCUAUAUCAACUAUAUUCCUAUUUUUGUAAUGAAUACUGAUGCCUCUCUGACGUAUAAACCUAUAAAAACGAAUGGCCUGCAGGUUUUCUAAUGUAGAUGAUGACUGUUGAGAGUUGUGCUCUCUUUUUUUUCUUUCGCUCUUUUCUCUCUCACCCCGGGAAUGUGGGUUUUAUUUCUGUGUUACAAUCAGAGGCUGUACAAGUGGGAGAAAUGGUUCUAUUAUAUAAAUAUAUGUAUAAAUAAGACUCUGUAUGUGGUUAACCAAGACACUCUGUGUGCUGCACUCUCAUGCUCUUUGUGUUUAUUUUUAUUCCUCAGCUCUAAUGUGAUUAAAAACAACUGCCAGCCAGAAUUUGUCCGUAAA